AUGCCACACGAUCAACAAUUAUGUGAUGGGUGCGGCAAGAUCGCUUCGUCGUUUCAGUGCCCGCUCUGUCAGGCGGAGGCGGUCACUGACCGUGGCUUCUUCUGCACUCAAGAAUGCUUUGCCAAAAACUGGUUGGGCCACCGUGGUUCCUUUCACAAAAGCGGUGUGGUGCGGGCAAAGCCGCAGUCGCAAUCUACAAAAGUCGAAGAGGCUGGCGAUGGUGGGACUCGCAAGCGAUCAGCAAAGGAAGUGACGGCUGUCGGUGACUCAACGAAGAAAAAGCUAAGGGUAUCUAAAGAGGGUCAUGAGGAAUCUGAGGUGAAGAUGCCCAUUGUUGUGCCAUGGCACGUGUUGCCUUCAGUGGGGUGCGGCAAUGCGAAGGUCGUACCGUCGCUGUCACCCGGCGUCCCUCGUGUUGUGGUUGGAGGAUCCUCAUCGGAUCGUCGCAUUGCAUUCUGGUCUGCUGCUGUUGCUGCGUCGCACCAUAUCGCCGCCGAGCUCGCGGCCCAGGAUAAAGGUGCGCCACUCCACGUGCUAGCCAUCACGAGCAGCCCACUUGCAGCGCACGCCAUGGCAUGGGCGUUGCGCUGCACCGGACUUGCUGGCGCGCUGAAACUUGCUGUGAGCGCCGCGGCUGAUGACUUGGCAGCUGACCCGUCAGCGCACUUCACCGGGCAGCGGCAGAUCGUCGUCACAACUCAGGAUGUCGCGCGGCGUGUAGCCAACGGCACGACAUCUGCGUGGCUGCCGGGGGAGAAGGGUCUGCUGGUGACGCUUCCGGGCGUUGCUGACGCAGCCGAUUUCCAAGCGGUUCAUACGCGUGCUGUCUUUUUUGUUCACCGAAAUGAGGCAUCGGCAUCGCCAGAGGAGAGUUGGUGUGCGGAGGAGGAGGUGGCCCAUCAUGUAACGCCACUGUCCGACGCCCCCUCGGAACUGCAUAACCUUCUUGAGACUGCUGCUGCUCCUGCCUCAGCAUCAUCUAUCGGAGAGAACUGCGUUGUCCCAGUUGAGAAGCCUGUCCGAUUUGACAACGACGUGUCGACAUCACUUGCACGUGGAGAUUUGUCGGGUGCCCUUCAGCACCUUGUGCGGCUGUACAGCACACACCGAGGGGUAUUCGAAGAGAUCCUCGCGAACAGUUUUCUUUCAGCAGUUGGCGCCGCCAGCGUGGCACAUGCUCACCACAUUGUUGCAUAUGCGGCCCGACACCUUGUUGAUCACUCCACACGGUUCAAAGGCCCACAGGGAGGCACGCUGAAGGAGAUGUCCCUGCGCGCUUUAUCGAAGGUGGUGCGGCUGUUUCCACCCAUAAUAGCACCCGAGGAUGAGCCAAACGCAAAUAAAAAAAUGAAGCGCAAGGGACCUGCUGAAGGCACCAAAGAGAGUGCCAAUAGCAGCGGUGGUGACAAUGACAACAACACGUCUGUGGAUCCGCCUUCUGCGGCGGAGAGAGAUCGGCUCUUUAACUACUAUGAUGCUCUUCCCAAUUUGCAGCUGCAGGCCACACUGUGCCACUUAUAUCCCCAUGCGUCGCCAAACGUAAUCGAUACUUUAGGCGCUGCCUGGGGUGUGAAGAAGAUUCUGCGCGGCCCUGAUGCACUGAAGCAAGCGGAUCAAAGACGCAAGGAUGCGGUGCGGCGUCUUCAAAGCCGCUACGGAUCCAAAUUAGGCCCUGCCUUUGCCAACUAUCUUGUUGUUCUAAUGCACUUCCUCUACGACGCGGUGGCGGGCUACUCCCUCGCCGUGGAUGGCGUGGAGCAACGUCUAUUAUGGUCCCUGACACUUGAGGGAGAAGUGGGGCCUCUGCAUACCUUCCUUUCGAACUGCUUCUUGCUCCCGACCGCGGAGCCACCAACGGAGACAAAGGAAACAACGGCUAAGAAACUCUCCAGUCGCCAGCUGACAAAGAAGCCCGUUAGUCGUACAGUACUUCUGCGUAUGCUGCCAGUGCGAACUGCCUCUGCAGAGGAGACUCUGCUUCUCCCAUGGGUGCUGCUUCCCUUGGCAGGCCAACGGAAGCGCGAUGUCGAGCGGCUGCAACGGCAGGCGGUGGAAGAGAUCCUUAUGGCAAUGCCACGCAAGCCGCGACCGAUGUACAUUGGCGACGUUGGUAACCUUAUUGGCAAGUGGUUCCGCUUCAACUCUCGUUUCGAUGGUGCCCUCGGUGUGAGCCUCAUGGAGUUCCUCACCCAGCACCCAGAGGCUUUCCGCGUCGUUGGCAACCUCGUGACGCGGCGCACUGCGGGUGUCGCGGACCAGGUGAAGAUGCGCUUCGACGAUGAUAGUGGCGACGACGAUGAUGACGAUGAUGAUGACAAGGAGCGCAAGGCGAAGGACCGCGCGUUGCUUACCGGUGCGAGGAGUGGCAAGGGUGCUGCCAUGGGCGGAAAAGACCUACCGGCUCGUGCGCGGAAGAAGGCGAUGGUGAAGGCGUUCAACAAGUCGCGCUUUAACCGCAACUAUAAACCGAUCGAUCCCUCCGCCAAGGUGCCCGGCUACGUAAAACACGCCCCACGCAAAGUCAAGGGCCGCGGCCGCAAGGCCAACAAGCGCACAGUCAAGCGAGGAUAA